GGUAAAGGCUUGGAAUUCAUGUCGAACGAACACUUUGUGGGGAAAGCUGGAAGCCGAGCUGCGCAGAAAGUGCCGCAAAUUGCUGUGGUGAUCACUGAUGGCAAAUCCCAAGACGAUGUAGAGUCUCAUGCUAAGAACCUGAGGAGAAGAGGGAUUGUUUUGUAUGCAAUUGGUAUCAAAGAUGCAGAUGCAAGCCAGCUGAGGGAGAUUGCAAAUGACGAUCAGCAUGUUUACAGUGUGUCAGAUUUUGCAGCGCUGCAGGGAAUUUCUCAGAACAUCAUCCAGACGCUAUGCACAACUGUAGAAGAAGCCAAACGACAACUCCUGCAACUGUCUCCAGAAUGUGCCAGAGCCACCGUGGCAGACAUCGUCUUCCUGGUUGACAGCUCAAGUAGCAUUGGCGUUGAUAACUUUGAGGAAAUUAGGCAGUUUCUCCGAAGUUUCAUUUUAGGCCUUGACAUCGGCCCUGACAAAAUUCGGAUUGGCUUGGCUCAGUAUAGCGACGAGACCUACCAGGAGUUUCUGCUGAAAGAUCACAUGGACAAGGAUUCUCUGCUGGCCGAAGUCGAUCAGUUUCCAUAUCGAACAGGAGGCACAGAAACAGGAAAGGCCAUUGACUUCCUCCAGUCAGUGUACUUCACUCAGGAGGCAGGGAGCCGGGCGAGCCAGCGAGUUCCUCAGUUUGCUGUAGUCAUCACAGACGGGGACUCCACGGAUGACGUAGUCGAGCCCGCCAAGCGCCUGCGCGAUCAAGGAGUUAUCAUAUUUGCCAUUGGGGUGGGAGAUGUUAACCAGCAGCAGCUCGAGUCUAUCGUAAACCUACCUGCACACCACUUCCUUUACACUAUCGAUAGCUACCAGGCUCUACAGCGGCUAACAGACAGUCUGCUGCAAACUGUAUGCAUCUCCGUGGAGAGUCGGAGUCAAGCGUUGGCAGAAAAGUUUGCAGACAUUUUCUUCCUGGUGGACAGUGGCAUCAGUCAAGCAGAUUUCCAGCAGGUCAGAACCAUCCUGGUCCGACUGGUCAAUCAACUCAACAUUGGAGCUUCUGGCAACCGUCUCGGACUGGCCCAGUACAGUACGGUUACCAAAGUGGAGUUUCUCCUUAAUGCUUUCCAAACCAAAGAGGCGGCGCUCACUGGUGUAAGGUCCUUCCGCCAGAGCCGACUUAAGCCCAAUCAGCCACGCAACCUGGGCAGUGCACUGGAGUACGCCAGCUCUAAUUUCUUCACGAAUGAAUCAGGAAGUCGGGCAUCCCAAGGCUUCCGACAGUUUCUGGUUGUUCUAAGUGGAAAAGACUCAGAUGAUCCAGUUUUUAAGCAGACACGUCUGAUCAAAUCACUAGGAGUAACUAUCGUGGGAGUGAGCUUCGGUGCAUCAAUGGACGAAAUGCGUGUAAUAGCCACGGCGCCGUACGUGUACGAGUCUACCUUCAAUGCAGUGCCCACGCUAAAGACCAUUUUUGAAAGAGAGGAAGAGGAGAUCACUCUCACUCACGACUGCAAAGCAGCCAAACUGGCGGACUUCGUCUUCAUCGUGGACGAGUCGGGAAGCAUCGGCUCUGAGAACUUCGACCUGGUGCGCUCUUUCCUGCUGUCCAUUGUCAGCGGCUUUGACGUCGGUGACAAGAGAGUUCGGGUGGGUAUCGUUACGUACAGCGACCGAGCCACAGCGCUGGUCUACCUCAACAACUUUAAUGAAACGGACAGUUUGCUGAAUUUCAUCAAAAUCCUGCCUUAUCGCGGAGGUGGUACAAACACCGGAGCUGCCCUCGACUUCACUCGCAAAAAUAUUUUCACGGAGGACGCUGGAAGCAGGAAAGAUAAGGGCGUUCAGCAGGUGGCGGUCGUGAUCACAGACGGCGAAUCGCAGGAUAACGUCACCGAGGCGGCAGCUGCUCUCCGCCGCGCUGGCGUCACCGUUUACGCUGUAGGAGUCCAAAAUGCCAACGAGGGUGAACUGAACCAGAUAGCGUCCUACCCCCCCAACAAGCACGUGUUCAUAGUGGACACUUUUGACAAGCUGAAAGGUCUGAAGAAGAACCUGCAGAAGACUCUUUGCUAUAACAUCAUUCACCAGGCGGUCUCAGUCAGCACAAGAAGAGCUGGCAUCAAAGAAGGCUGCGUGCAGACCGAUGAAGCAGACAUGUUCUUCCUGAUCGACCACUCGGGAAGCAUUCACCCCACUGACUUCUAUGACAUGAAGAAGUUCAUCAUUGAGUUUAUUAAUACCUUCCGUAUCGGGCCUCAGCAUAUCCGAAUGGGCGUUGCCAAAUACGCAGAUUCGCCAAACCUGGAAUUUGAUCUGACCGAUUACACAGAUGCAUCCACGCUGGAGAAAGCUGUGGAGGAAAUUAGACAAGUAGGCGGCGGCACACAGACGGGGCAGGCCCUGGAAUUCAUGAGUCCACACUUUGAGAGAGCUGUGGUCACUCGUGGUCACAAAGUCCCCGAGUUCCUGGUGGUCAUCACGGAUGGAAAAUCUCAGGAUAAGGUCAAGGUUCCAGCAGAGCGACUGAGGAAGCAGGGUGUCAUUGUCUACACCAUUGGGGUGAAAGACGCCGACGUGCCUGAGCUGGAAGAGAUUUCCGGUGACCCCAAGAGGACUUUCUUUGUCAAUAAUUUCGAUGCCUUAAAGUCGAUCAAAGAUGAAAUCAUCACAGAUAUCUGUUCUACAGACGUUUGUAAAGAUAUACCAGGCGACCUCGUCUUCUUGAUUGACAGCUCUGGAAGCAUCUAUGCCGAAGACUACACAAAAAUGAAAGAGUUCAUGAAAUCGGUCAUUAGGAAGUCCAUCAUUGGGAAGAAUGAGGUGCACGUAGGCGUCAUGCAGUUCAGCACUGUCCAAAGCCUCGAGUUCCCACUCAACGUCCACUACAGCAAAGAAGAAAUGUCGACAGCCAUCGAUAGCAUGAAGCAGAUGGGUGGAGGCACGUACACGGGCAAAGCCAUAAGAGAAGUAUCUCAGUAUUUUGAUGCAGCCAGAGGAGGACGGCCCAGCCUGAGGCAGAGGCUAGUGGUCAUAACAGAUGGCGAGGCUCAAGAUGCAGUUAAACGCCCCGCUGAAGAUCUGAGGGCCAAAGGAGUGGUGGUCUACGCCAUUGGAGUGGUAGACGCCAACACCACCCAGCUGCUCGAGAUCAGUGGAUCCCAAGAUAGGAUGUAUGCUGAGAGGGACUUUGAUGCUUUGAGGGACUUGGAGAGUCAAGUGGCUUUGGAGCUCUGUGAUCCGGAGAGAGAAUGCAAGAAGACAGAAAGAGCUGACAUCAUUUUCUUGGUGGACGGCUCCACAAGCAUAACCCUGGAAAAGUUUCGAAGCAUGCAGAAGUUCAUGCAGUCAAUGGUGAACCAAACCACAGUUGGCAAAGACCUGACCCGCUUCGGUGUCAUCCUCUACGCGAAUGAACCCAAGUCUAUUUUCACUCUCAAUCAGUUCAGCUCCAAGCAGGAGGUUUCCCAGGCCAUAAUGGCUCUCAAAUCCCCGUAUGGAGACACGUACACUGGCAAAGCUUUGAAAUAUGCUCUACAGUUCUUUGAUGCUAACUAUGGUGGACGGGCAGAGCUGCAGGUGCCUCAGAUCCUCAUGGUAAUUACCGAUGGCGAUGCUACUGACCCACACAGUCUGAAUGAACCAUCUGCGGCUCUGAGAAACAAAGGGGUCACUGUCUUCAGUAUUGGAGUAGAAGGAGCCAACAAGAAACAGCUGGAGGUCAUGGCUGGUCAAGAUAAAGCCAGAGUUUUUUACGUGGAUAACUUUGACGCCCUGGAAAAACUCUACAAAAACAUCACGGAAGUCCUGUGCAACUCCACCAAACCAGUUUGUGAAAAGCAACGUGCUGACCUGGUCUUCCUAGUUGAUCAGUCGGGUAGCAUUAACCAAGCUGACUACGCCAUCAUGAAGAACUUCACCAUAGAUCUCAUCAACAGCUUCAAAGUCAGUGAAGAUUUAGUUCGUGCUGGGUUUGCCCAGUUCAGCAGCACUUUUCAACACGAGUUUUACCUCAACCAGUUCUACACUGAGAAGGAAAUGUCGGAUCACAUCUUGAAAAUGAGUCAGAGUGGGGGAGGAACCAACAUCGGACUGGCACUGACUUCCAUUAAGGAGUAUUUUGAGGCAUUGCGGGGCAGUCGUAAAUCUGAAGGCAUCUCCCAGAAUUUGGUGUUGAUCACAGAUGGAGAAUCGCAAGAUGAUGUUGAAGACCCUGCCAUCGAACUAAGGGAUCUAGGAAUCGAGGUGUUUGCCAUCGGCAUUGGAGAUGUCCACAUUCUGGAGCUGCUGCAGAUCACCGGCACACCGGAGAACCUCUUCACUGUGCAGAACUUUGGCAGCUUGGAAAAUAUCAAGCAAAAGGUGGUCGACACCAUCUGCAAAUCCAAACCUCCCCCAGAUCGACCAUCCUGCACCAUCGACAUCGCCAUGGGAUUCGAUAUUUCUAGAAGAAGAAAUCCAAAUGAGGUGCUGGUCAGCGGCCACAACCAGCUCAGGACCUCCCUGCCAGAGAUCGCUAAUUACGUUUCCUCAGUACAAGGCCUGUGCUGCCUCGACCCCGAGCCCAUCAAACCCAACGUAGCCUAUCGAAUCGUGAGCCGCGAUGGAAACACAGUGGAAGACUUUAGCUUUGUGCCGUACAGUGACGGCGUGGUGACCAAAGUCAUGGACUUUAAUUUAGCAGAGCCUACGUACUUCAACACAGCUCUGCUCAGAUCCUUUGGGGAGAAGUUCAAGCUGCAGUCCAAAGCUGGUGUGAAGGUGCUGGUGAUCUUCUCAGAUGGAUUUGAUGAAGAUGUGGUGAUGCUGGAGAACGAAUCGGAGCUGCUAAGACAGUCUGGCGUCAACGCUCUGCUGGUUGUGGCUCUCGAGGGAGCGCGUUACCCCGCCCAGCUGCAGAUGGUGGAGUUCGGUCGAGGUUUCGGCUACAAACUUCCUCUGAGCAUCGGCAUGCCGAGCAUCGGCAGCACCAUCCUCAAGCAGAUUGACGCCGUGUCAAACAGGGAGUGCUGCAACGUCAUGUGCAAAUGUUCAGGACAUGAAGGCAUCCGUGGCUCUCGGGGCCCCCCAGGGUCAAAGGGCACGGUUGGGCAGAAGGGUCACCCCGGCUUCCCCGGAGAGGAGGGCCUCGCUGGCGGGAGAGGUUUACCUGGACCGAGCGGACCUCAGGGAGUCCAGGGAUGCUCGGGAAUCAGAGGACAGAAGGGCUUCAGAGGGCUGCGAGGAGAAAGGGGCGAAGACGGAGAGGACGGGCUGAGCGGAGUGGACGGAGAACAGGGAGUGACGGGACGGGAUGGAGCCCGAGGAGAGAGAGGACACCUCGGCAACCCGGGUAUCCCAGGAAUUACGGGGGAGACGGGGGUGAAAGGACAGCAAGGACUGAGAGGAGAUCCGGGACAACCGGGGGCCGACAACACCUCGCCCGGAGCCAAAGGCGACCCAGGAAACCCCGGCCUGCCGGGAGCACCCGGGCAGGACGGCCGGUUCGGAGAGUCCGGAAUCGUGGGGAACCCGGGACCAAACGGAAGACGGGGACGACUGGGUGACAAGGGUGCAGCUGGACCACCUGGAGAUCUGGGACUAGAAGGCAGCCCAGGUGCUUCUGGUCCACAGGGUCCCGGAGGGGUCAGAGGUCAGCCUGGCCCGAGAGGAAUCCCCGGCCUUCCUGGACCUCAGGGUGGACCAGGUCCCGCUGGAGACCCGGGCUUACCUGGACGGAUCGGUGGUAACGGACAGAAGGGCCAACCAGGCGAUCCCGGUGAUGAGGGCGCACCAGGACCAGACGGACCCCGAGGAAUGCCGGGUCAGGACGGUCGGGAUGGUUACGGACCCGUGGGCCCCCGAGGUGCAAAGGGCGAUCCCGGUUUCCCUGGUUACCCUGGUCUUCGGGGCGAGGAGGGGCUGCAGGGACCGAAAGGAUAUCCAGGGCCCAAAGGGAACCGCGGCCGAGGGGGUAACGCGGGUUUGCCAGGAGAGUCAGGAGUCCCCGGAGAACCGGGAUAUCCGGGACACAGGGGCCCCCGAGGUUCUCCUGGAGGCAAAGCCAUGACUGACUGUCAGCUGAUCACCUACAUCAGGGACAACUGUGCUUGCUCUGCUGAUCAGUCGGCGUGCCCGGCCUACCCCACCGAGCUGGUGUUCGGUCUCGACAUGUCUGAUGACGUGACCCCGGGGGACUUUGGUAGGCAGCGCUCCGCCCUCCUCUCCCUGCUGAAUGACAUCAGUAUCGCAGAGAGUAACUGCCCGCACGGCGCGCGUGUCGCUGUGGUGGGAUACAACACCUACACCAAGUACCUGAUCCGCUUCCAGGACUACCGGCGCAAGGCACAGCUGCUAGAGGCCGUGAGGAACAUCGCCCAGGAGAGGACGUCCAACAAACGGCAGCUGGGCGCCGCCAUGCGCUUCGUGGGUCAGAACAUCUUCAAACGAGUCCGAGCAGGAAUAAUGAUGAGGAAGGUGGUCGUCUUCUUUUCUAGCGGGCCUACAGAGGGCGCUAACGACAUUGUAACGGCCAUGAUGGAGUACCGGGCCCUCAACAUUGUUCCAGCGGUCAUCUCUCUGAGGAACACUCCCGAUAUUGAACAAGCCAUGCAGGUUGAUGACUCGAGAAACUUUGUAUUCACGGUGCUGGGAGAACGGGCCACUGGGCUCAGGAAGGUCAGGAACUGCGCCAUCUGCUACGACCCCUGCAGGCGUGCAGAGGAGUGCACCUUCAUCCAGGAACCAGUGCUGCCUCAGCAGGCGGAUGUGGACCUGGUCAUGGUGCUGGACAGCUCCAGGGAGAUCCAGGCUGAUGAAUACGCCGGUGCCCGGCAGCUGCUGAGCUCUGUGGUGGAGCAGCUGGCCGUGAGUCCACAGCCCCGCCGAGCCGGCCGCCAGGCCCGAGUAGCUCUGGUCCAACAGAGCACCAAGGUGGAGUUCGGCCUGCAGACCUACCAGAAUGCUGGAGACAUGAAGACGUACAUGAUGCAGAACAUGCAGCAGCAGGGCGGCUCUUUGGCGCUGGGACAGAUGCUGGACUACACCCUGAGGGAGGUGCUGCUGAAGGCCGGCCAGUCGCGCAGCAAGAGGGCCGUCCUGACUGUGGUGGGCACCAAGACGGCCUACAGAGACCAGGCCAAGCUGCGCUACAUCUCCCAGAAGGCCAAGUGUGAGGGGGUGGCGCUGUUUGUGGUGACGGUGGGUGAUCGUUACAACCGGACGGAGGUGGAGGAGCUGGCCAGCGUGCCGAUACAGCAGCACCUGAUCAGACUCGACAGGCUGAAGGCCGACGAGCAGGGCUACGCCCAGCGCUUCAUCAGGGUCUUCCUCUCCGCCCUCAACAAGGGAGUCACCUCGUAUCCUCCUUCCUCUCUGAGGCGAGCAUGUGACCAGCUGGGCGGCCAGGAGGGAGGACAGAUAUUCAUAACGGGUCAGGGCGUGGCACAGCUGGAGGACGUGUUUGGAGAGGAGGUGGAGGAGGACUUCCAGGAGCAGACCGGAGGACAGAUUCAGACCGGGCAGUUGGACGUCAUCGACGCUCUGAUCAGAGGAAAUGGCCAGAAAGUCAUCUCUGACACGCACGCCAAAGAUCCCAAUGUGGUGGAGAAGACUCUGCCUGCCAGCUUCGCCUCUCAAGAUUCCUGUAUCCUCCCUCAGGACCGGGGCAGCUGCGACAACUACACGAUGAUGUGGUUCUUUGACGCCGCACAGAAGGAGUGCGCUCGCUUCUGGUACGGCGGCUGCGGCGGCAACAAGAACCGCUUCCUGACGCAGGAGGAGUGUCAGAGCCUGUGUGGGACGAAGAUCAGAUGAGGAGGACGAGAGCGUCACGGCUCAACACGCAUAAGGAAACCUGCCGAGGCCACUCAAUGAAUUAGUCACAGCAUUUACCCGCCCUCCCCCGCCGCCAUCAGGGAAACUGCUCGAACGCUUUCAGUCAUCUGUCGCCUGCUUUUUGUUUGUUUACACGCAUGUUCGAUUUAAAGAGGCCCAGAAAGGUCACAGGAACGAUCGCCUAAGUCUCAGUCCCAGCAGGUGUGACCUGUAACAGCUGACACGGUCGCUGCUCAUCGCACUGGUUUGUCCUCGUCCACAUUAGGAAACAUAAAAAAGUGAGACAUACAAAUUCGGGACUUGCUGUUUGUACAGUUAGCCUCAGUCAAAGAGGCCACGCCCCCUGUAACACAAACUUUAAAACAGGCUGGAAAGGUUUAACGUGCGAUUCUAUGGCGACUCACUCACUGCUGCCUCUGCUGGGCACAGGAGAGAUUGCAGGUUGGUGCUCAGUUCUCAGAGAUGCACGGUGCUGUAUCAUAAUCCAGCUCACAGGAAACGUGAACGUUACUGUGACCUUUCAGGGCCUCCGUAGUUUUCCCUCCAGAGCACAUCCCGUUAUCCUCACUGCUCGACUCCCCUCACAGACCCCGCCCACGCUCCUUUCUCUCCAGUCAGGUGCUACUUUUUAUAAAUCAGGUGGAGGCUGAUGUGAGAACAAGGUUAAGACUUGAGAGAAGUUAAUGUGUUGAUGUGUAAUUUUCCAUGAACCUGAAGCAGCCUUAAAAACACAGGUAGAAGUGAAGCGUGUACAGUAUCGCUCCCACAGACGGGACUGUGUGGACUCCAUGUAACUGCAGCUUUCACACGUCAACGAUGGUUUAAGAAAAUAAAAUGAUCUCAAGUGUC